AUGACGAUUUUAUUUCGCUGCCAGACAUUCAGACACCUCUGGUUUUCCAAGUCACCUGCGAGGCACUUCCACAAAGACUGUCAGCUUUGGGCCCCUCUGACUCUUGAAGACUUUGAAGCCAUAAACCGCUGUGAGAGGGCAUUGCCCAAGAACUUUAACUUUGCCGCAGACGUGCUGGACCAGUGGUCUCAAAAGGAAAAGACAGGAGAGAGACCAGCCAAUCCAGCACUGUGGUGGGUGAACGGAAAAGGGGAUGAAGUAAAAUGGAGCUUUAGGGAACUGAGCUUCUUGUCCCGAAAGGCUGCCAACGUGCUCAUCAAGCCCUGUGGCCUGCAGAGAGGGGACCGCGUGGCUGUGAUUCUGCCCCGGAUCCCAGAGUGGUGGCUCAUCAAUGUGGCUUGUAUGCGAACAGGGCUCAUCUUUAUGCCAGGAACAAUUCAAUUGACAGCAAAAGACAUUCUCUACCGACUUCGAGCCUCCAAGGCCAAGUGCAUCGUGGCCAGCGAGGAACUGGUCUCGGCGGUGGAGUCCAUAGCGUCAGAGUGCCCUGACCUGAAGACCAAAGUCCUGGUGUCUCUGCAGAGCCGGAACGGGUGGCUCAGCUUUCACGAGUUACUCCCCUCAGCCUCAGAAGAGCACAGCUGUGUGGAGACAGGAAGUCAAGAACCAAUGGCUAUUUACUUCACCAGUGGGACCACCGGCUCUCCCAAGAUGGCGCAGCACUCUCAGAGCAGCCUCGGUAUUGGGUAUACACUCUGUGGGAGGUACUGGCUGGACUUGAAGCCCUCAGAUAUCAUCUGGAACAUGUCUGACACCGGCUGGGUCAAGGCUGCCAUCGGCAGCGUGUUUUCUUCCUGGCUGCAUGGCGCCUGUGUUUUUGUGCAUCGGAUGGCCCAAUUUGACACAGAUAUCUUCCUCAAUACGCUUACAACUUAUCCCAUCACGACCCUGUGCAGCGCGCCCACCGUGUACCGAAUGCUUGUGCAAAAAGACCUCAAGAGGUAUAAAUUCAAGAAGCUUCGGCACUGCCUGACAGGAGGGGAGCCACUCAACCCAGAGGUGCUGGAGCAGUGGAAAGUGCAAACAGGACUGGAGCUGUACGAGGGCUACGGACAGACGGAAGUGGGAAUCAUUUGUGCCAAUCAGAAAGGACAAGAGAUUAAACCAGGAUCUAUGGGGAAAGGUGUACUACCCUAUGAUGUCCAGAUUAUAGAUGAAAAUGGCAAUAUCCUACCACCUGGCAAAGAAGGAGAAAUUGCUCUCAGACUAAAGUCUGCACGACCCUUCUGUUUCUUCUCUGAAUAUGUGGACAACCCCGAGAAGACGGCAGCCACAAUGAGAGGAAACUUCUAUGUCACCGGAGACAGAGGAGUGAUGGACAGCGAUGGAUAUUUCUGGUUUGUCGGCAGAGCUGAUGAUGUCAUCAUUUCCUCUGGGUACCGUAUUGGCCCAUUCGAAGUGGAGAGCGCACUCAUUGAGCACCCAGCGGUGGUGGAGUCAGCGGUGGUCAGCAGUCCAGACCCAAUCAGAGGAGAGGUGGUGAAAGCUUUUGUCGUCUUAUCUGCACCAUUUAAAUCGUCCAACCCAGAGAAACUGAUUCUUGAACUUCAAGAUCAUGUGAAAAAAUCAACUGCACCUUACAAAUACCCAAGAAAGGUGGAAUUUGUUCAAGAACUCCCAAAGACUAUCACCGGAAAAAUCAAACGAAAUGUUUUGCGAGAUCAGGAAUGGGGACAAAGAUAA